UGGUCCGCGGCCCCGCCCAUCACUCUCCCACACGGUCUCUCUGUGCAAAUAGACGGAUAGAUGCGGAACAGAGCGAAGGAGAGCAUAGCGGGCAUACACAGGGAGAGGGGGCGGACGACCGGUGCCCUUCAUCAUUUUAGCACAAUUUUAUGCUGUAUAAUUUGAUCGAAUAGGACUGGGACGGACACGGAACCGCUGUGAAAAUGGCGCAGCCGGACAGCAAGAAGAUCUUCUUCGAGAACCUGUCGGGAGCGGGGAAAGCCAUCGCAGUGCUGACGAGCGGAGGGGAUGCUCAAGGGAUGAAUGCUGCUGUGCGCGCUGUGGUUCGAAUGGGGUUAUAUGUGGGUGCCAAAGUUUAUUUCAUUCAUGAGGGAUAUCAGGGUAUGGUGGAUGGUGGGGAGAACAUAAGGGAAGCGACAUGGGAAAGUGUCUCCAGCAUGCUACAAGUGGGCGGGACUGUUAUUGGCAGCGCCCGCUGCAAAGAAUUUCGCACGCAUGAGGGACGUCUGAAGGCUGCUCACAACCUGGUGCGGCACGGCAUCACCAACCUGUGUGUGAUCGGUGGAGAUGGCAGCUUGACUGGAGCCAACCUCUUCAGGGAGGAAUGGAGCGGACUGCUGGGGGAGCUGGUGGAGCAAGGUCUGAUCGAAGCCAGUGCUGUUCAGAAGUACUCGGCCCUUCACAUUGUGGGGAUGGUCGGCUCCAUUGAUAACGACUUCUGUGGAACUGACAUGACAAUCGGCACCGACUCGGCUUUGCACAGAAUCAUCGAGGUGGUGGACGCAAUUAUGACGACUGCACAGAGUCACCAGAGGACAUUUGUGUUGGAGGUCAUGGGCAGACACUGUGGCUACCUGGCCUUGGUGAGCGCCCUGGCUUGCGGGGCAGACUGGGUGUUGAUCCCGGAGAUGCCCCCAGAGGACGGCUGGGAGGAGAAGAUGUGUCAAAAGCUGUCUGCGACCCGUUCCAGGGGCACAAGGCUGAACAUAAUCAUAGUUGCAGAGGGAGCCCUUGACAUGCAUGGGAAGCCUAUAACCUCUAGUUUUGUCAAGGAUCUUGUCGUCAAAUGCUUGGGUUUCGACACACGAGUCACAAUCCUGGGGCAUGUGCAGAGAGGAGGGACCCCCUCUGCGUUUGACCGCAUCCUGGCCAGUCGUAUGGGUGUGGAGGCUGUUCUGGCACUUCUAGAGACCACAGCCAACACGCCAGCCUGUGUGGUCUCGCUGUACGGGAACCAAUCGGUGCGCCUGCCUCUAAUGGAGUGUGUGCAGAUGACUCAAGAGGUCCAGAAGGCCAUGGACGAGAAGCGGUUCGAGGAGGCUGUCAAGCUUCGGGGCAGGAGUUUUGAAAACAACCUGAAGACAUACAAACUGCUGGCUCAUCGUAAACCAGAGUCCGAACUGCCAACUAGUAACUUCAACGUGGCUGUGCUGAACGUUGGGGCCCCUGCGGCGGGCAUGAAUGCCGCUGUCCGUUCAGCCGUCAGGGUGGGCAUCUCCGAGGGUCACAAGAUGUUUGCUGUCAGUGAUGGGUUUGAGGGAUUCUACAAAGGACAGAUUAAGGAGUUUAAAUGGGCUGAUGUCGGAGGAUGGACGGGGCAGGGUGGAUCCCUACUGGGAACCAAAAGAACUCUUCCUGCAAAGCAUGUUGACAAAAUUGCCGAGCAGAUGCGAAAGCACAACAUAAACGCACUGCUAAUAAUUGGUGGAUUUGAGGCCUUCCUGUCACUGCUGGAAUUGUUAACGGCGCGCGGGAAAUAUGACGAGUUCUGUGUGCCCAUGGUCAUGGUCCCAGCCACUGUCUCCAACAAUGUGCCGGGCUCAGACCUCAGCGUUGGCGCUGACACGGCUCUGAACGCCAUCACUACUACUUGUGACCGCAUCAAGCAGUCAGCCAGUGGGACGAAGAGACGUGUGUUCAUCAUUGAGACCAUGGGAGGCUACUGCGGCUACCUGGCCAGUGUAGGAGGCCUGGCAGCUGGAGCUGACGCUGCUUACAUCUACGAGGAGCCAUUUGACAUCAGAGACCUGCAGGCCAAUGUUGAACAUCUGACAGAGAAAAUGAAGACGAGCAUCCAAAGAGGACUGGUCCUCAGGAAUGAGAACUGUAAUGACAACUACACCACAGACUUCAUCUACCAGCUCUACUCUGAGGAAGGGAGGGGAGUGUUUGACUGCAGGAAGAAUGUGCUGGGACACAUGCAGCAGGGAGGAGCGCCGUCUCCAUUUGACCGUAACUUUGGGACCAAGAUCUCUGCCAAGGCCAUGCAGUGGAUUUCCAAAAAGCUGGUGGAGGCGUUCAGGCAAGAUGAAGGCCGAGUCUUUGCCAACACCGAGGACUCCUGCUGUCUGCUGGGGAUGCGUCGCAGGGCUCUGGUCUUCCAGCCCGUUGUGCAACUCAAGGAGGAGACUGACUUUGUUCACAGGAUCCCUAAGGAGCAGUGGUGGCUGAAGCUGCGUCCCCUCAUGAAGAUCCUGGCCAAGUACAAGACGAGUUACGACAUCUCGGACGCCGGACAGCUGGAGCACGUCGUGCGCAACCGGCCUAAGGAGUCGGACGCCUCAGUAGCCAUGUGAGGGCCCGCGCUGUACGGUGGCCGUGUGUAAGACUGAAGGUCUGUGAGGUGUCGGUUUGUGUGUUGUAAAAGAGCUCCAGUAACGUCUCUCCGACUCUGUUUGGCCACAAACCCUGUUCAUUUCCCGUCUGUGUCAUUUCCCUCGGCGUCACUCCUCUCUCUUUUGUCGUGACAAACUGAUGAACUGUAACCUAGCCUCCGCAGCGCCCCUAGUACCAGACGCACGCACGCACGCACGCACGCAUACUCUCGCUCAUACACACACCCGUGCUGCCAUGCAUCCGUUGCCCCGGGAUGCUUAGUGUCGCCGUUGUUUUUUAAAUUGCACUUUCUCUGUCUCCGGUGGCGUAGUCAGGCGCUGAGCCCAGCGCUGCACGAGGACGGACUAGACACCGUGUCUGCUGUAAAAAACCAGUGUGUGUGAGUGUGUGUAUCGGCCUAGAACCAGUGUGAGGUUCAGCACAUUUAUGUAAGACUGAUGCAAUACAUUGCUGCGCUUGACACCGAAGCUAAUAUUUAUGUUUUUAACACUGUUUAUUAUUUCGCUUGUCAACAUGGAUAUAUUACCUGUAGGCACAGCUGUACUGAGUAGCUGUCUGUCGUAUUGCACCAACAAAUUAGAUGUGUAAGAGACUAAUGUUUCCCACAGAAUAAAAUCAGACUUCAG